GACCAAUCCAACUUGUCAUUAAUAAAACUCCAAGAUUCAGUAAGAGAAAGUGUGGUUAAGUAUAUUUGUAUGAAAUUUGAAAACUUUAUUUAAAUGAAGUUCCUAUCCAAUUCACUCAAUAAUAUCAUAUGUAAUAUCAAAAGUGCUAGGGUGUGCUCAACAUUUCAUCCAAAACCUCCAUGGAAUGUGCUAUUUUUUGGAACAGACGAAUUUUCCCUAUGUAGUUUGAAAGCUCUAAGCUCCGAAAGUGUGCGAGGUGUAUUAGUAAAUAAAUUGGAAAUUGCUAGCCUCUCUCAAGGAAGUCACAAUACCGUGUGGAACUAUGCAGAAAAAGAGAAUAUGUUGGUUCACAAUUGGCCAGUUUCUAUAGAGAAUGGAUCUUUCCACUUGGGGGUCGUGGUAUCUUUCGGAAAGUUAAUUCCCGAAUCAAUUAUUAAUAAGUUCCCUUUUGGCAUAUUGAACGUCCAUGCAAGUUUGCUUCCCAGAUGGAGAGGCGCGGCCCCGAUAAUCUACACUUUAGCAAAAGGAGAUUUAGAAACUGGAAUUACAAUAAUGCGGAUAAAGCCCAAUAAGUUUGAUGUCGGGGAAAUUGUAGCACAAGAAAGGGUGCCAGUACCAAAAAAUGUGUUCAUGCCAGAAUUACGACAGAGGCUAGGACAAUUGGGUGCGGAAUGUUUAGUGAAAACUUUGAGAAACCUUCCAGAAUCACUGGAAAACGCCAGGCCACAAUCAAAUGAGAAAGUCACUUUAGCACCGAAAAUCACACCUGAUUUCGCCACAAUUGACUGGAUGAAUAUGCAAUCUAGUGAUGUUUACAAUUUAUAUAGAGCUUUACACGGCUUUCUCUCACCAACUACCAGCUGGAAAGGCAUACCAGUCAAACUGCAUGAUAUAGAAGAGUGUAAUGAAUCUAUAACUCAUGCCAAUGAAGAACCCAUUGGAGUUGGUUAUGUGAAAUAUGAUAAAAGAACUAAAGCAUUGAGGAUAAUCUGUUCAAAUAGAACUUAUAUCAGUGUUGGUAAAAUAAGUGUUUUUGGUAAGAAAGCAAUGAGUGCAUCUGAUUUCAAUAACGGAUAUUUGAAAAAAGUUUUUCCAUCGGAUAGAUACUUCAGAUGAAUCGUUGAAUA